CUACAACAUCAAUGGCCGACGAACUUGAGUUUUGACUUGGAAGGAUUUGUUACAUUGUGCUUUUGCAUUCUUAAUUUUCAAAAUGGACAUGUCAGCAUCAGCAACCAUAGAAGGCCCUGAUGUGAUGGGGAUCCCUGAGGAUGACGAUGGAAUUCUGGAUUAUGAUGGAGACCUUGACCUUGAUGAUGCAGAUGACUUGGAUGUUGACACUGUCAUAGAUGAGCACCAGCACCCUGAGUCUGCUGGGAACAAGGUGACAUACCAGGAGCAGAUUCGGAUGAUUCACCUGAGGAGUCACAUCAACCAGCUGGUGGAGAAAGUGGAAGCCCACCAGUACACAGCAGAGAAAACAAGGGAGGAACAGAAGAAGUGUCAGAGUCAUAUACAGGAGCUGACUUCAGAGAGAGACAGGCUGUUCAUGGAGAUAGAGCAAAAUGAAACAGAUAACAACACAGCGGCACUGUACAGGCUGCGGUCAGCACAUGAGAGAGUGUGCAGGGAAAUCCAGGGUGAGGGAGACUUGGAGAAGGUGAUUGCUGAGCGACUGGAGGAUGCAGAGUAUGAGCUUGCAAAGACCGAGGUUGAACAUGGCAAGUUUAUCCUGAUUGAGGCUGAUCUGUUGGAGAGAGAGGAGCAGUUGGCUGCCGACAAGACAGCACAGGCGAUGGUUCGCUUGAAAAAGGAACAGAAGUAUGCUGAUCAGGCUGGACAAGCACAACGCAAACGGGAGAGAGACCAGAGAGAGGCUAUCAGGGCACGAGAGGACCGACACCGACAUGCUGUAGAGGAGGCUAAGAGAAGCCAGGAAAGGGCCAAUAAGUACCUCAACAUAACCCUCAACAAAUUGCGGACCCGAGAGAAGGAGGAGGAGAACCGCUACGAGUCGGACAUGAAGAAGAAAAUAGAAAUGUUGGUGAAACUCAAGAAUGAUAUCGCAGCUAACAGGGAAAACCUCCGAGCACUCCGAGCUCGGGACAAGGCACGUGAGAGAGAGGAGACAUUCAUGGAACAAGAGGAAAGGAGAAGGAUAUCACAAGAUGGAGGAAAUCCAGAUGAAGUUCUGCUGAUCAAGAAGCGUCUGAAUGAUUUUGAGAGACAAAAAACUCAGUUCGAGGAUGAGCAGGUCAAAAACAAGAGUGAAAUCCUGGGGAGGAUUCUGUUGGAGGAAUCGCGCAUGCGUCAGAGGAAGAAACAACAGCCCCAGCUGUGGGAUGACCCGAAAAGACACAUAGCAAAGAUGGUUGAGCCCCACAAGAAGAAGACUCUGAAAGUGUUUGAGGAAUAUACCAAGAUGACUGACGGUCCCAAGUCAGAAGAAACGUUGAGCUUAUCUCCUGAUCUUCAACCAGAGAAGCAGGAUGGAGUGAAGGAUGACACAGAGGACGAGGAUGAGAGACAGGACACAUUCCGGGAGAUGGGCAUCUCUCAUAAACUGCUCGACUCUAGUGAUUCAACGCCAGGGGACAGUGAAGAUGACCAGCAUGUCAACUUGGCCAAACCAGAGUUUGAAGGUUUGUGGGACCAGCACAAACCGUACAAGGUGCCCAAAGAUGUGGACAGUCAUGUCAAGUUGCCAGGAGCCAGCAAGAUGGACCAGGAAAUCCUAGCCAAGGUUUUGGACAAACACCGUGAGGGUAUCAUUGUGAAGCAAGUGGCUGCUGGGAAGGAGUUCACAGGCUGUCCCUUCUACAGCAAGCCGGACAUCAUACACUUCAAGGACUUCAACGUCGGCCACUGCUACAAGAAGAAGGUGAUACUGACCAAUGUGUCGUACACAGUCAACUACUGCAAGUUUGUAGGCAUCACUGAGAGGCUCAAGGACUUCAUACAUAUCGACUUUGACCCGCCUGGUCAGAUGUCAGCUGGUUUGACCUGUGAAAUGAUGGUUACAUUCAAGCCAAUGAUCAACGAGGAUCUUGUUGGCGAGGUCAACUUCCUGUCCCAGACGGGGCCUUUCGCAAUCCCACUGCGAUGUACAACCAAGAAGUGUGACCUCCAUGUUGACUCGAAGAUUGUGGAGUUUGGUACCACCGUGAUUGGAGAGACACUCAAACGUACUGUGACUCUUAGCAACAAGGGAGCACUUGGAACAAAGUUUGAGUUCUUCAAAGUCACAGGGAUGAAGCAGAGAACAUGCACCACAGCUGAGACUUCACUUGGAAGACUGACAACUGCAGACACACUGAGAGCUAUGAGUCCAGACUCGGUGGAAUUCACAGACAAGGCCAAAUCCAUCAGUCUCACAGACAGAGGGCCAGAAAGUAGAAAGAAGAUGUCUAUGGAUGAUUUGGGAGAAAUCCCAGAACAAAGCCCUGAGUUGACUCCUUCUGAUGGUCAUCCAUUACCGGAUGGAGCGGUUCUGCCAGAGAGUUCUGGCGUGACAGCUGAUGGUCUGCCAGGCAUGGAGCUGAAGCCAAUGGAGCUGGAUGGAGAAGUUGCCUCCCCUGACUUUGCGAUCAGUGAAAUGGACGAUUAUGGGACACUGGAUGGAAUGCGAGUCGGUCAGGUGGUAACUGGGGAGAUUGGUCCUUUCUCUUCUGUCAAACUUGAGAUUAUCUGGCAACCGACAAUACCAGGCAAAGUGGACACUGAGUUCCUCGUCACCUUCUCAGACCCCCUGUCUGAUGUGCUUUCUGUGAGUGCGUUAGGGACAGCAAUGGACGUCCCUGUGUGGGUGGAGAGGCAGACAGUGGACCUGAGGAUCUGCAUGUUAGACCGGCUCUUCCAGGAUACAGUCAUCGUCAACAACAGAGCAACCACGGCCCUGCGGCUGAGAUUUGAGGUGUGUAAGGAGUUGCGUAACCACCUGGAGCUGCUGCCAAAGACAGGAUAUAUCCAGGCACAGUCCCAGUUCUCUGCCCAGCUCAAGUUCCUCCCCAGAAAAAGCUUGUUUGAAGAAGCGGGGAAGUACUUUGACAAGGAAACUGGUGUGUUAGAAGCUCCCCUGCUGAUAAGAGUUGCAGACCAGACACAGCCUGUGCCCUUCACAGUGACAGCGGUAGUCACCAACUCGGACAUGAUGUUUGAUGUCUCCAACAUUGACUUCGGCUGCUGCACCAUCUACGAGUCGGUCAAGACAUCCAUCCAGCUGACCAACAAGUCUAUCCUACCCCAGCCAUAUGGCUUUGUUGGGCAUCCAGAUUAUGUGGAGAUUCAGCCAAAUGAUGGGUUCGGGACGCUUCUACCACUUGAAACUAUUGAACUACAUGUCAUCUUCAGCCCUCCCAAAGCCAGGGAUUACAAGUUUGACCUCUGCUGUAAAUCUCUUAUUAAUAGGCAGUUCAAGAUCCAGUGUAAGGGAGUUGGGGUCCACCCACCACUGGAGUUGUCCCAGCAAGUCAUACACUUUGCUGCAACCUCGCUGUAUGACGUCUCCACUGCUUCGCUCCACGUCAUCAAUUCUCACACCAGCAGUAAUGAGUUCACUCAUCCAGUUCCAAGGAUUGGCAAAGGUGAGAUUGCUCCAGUUGGGCCGACAUCAUUUGAGUUUGUCCUUCCGGAAGACUGUCCACUGACCAUCUCCCCAACUGUUGGCACCAUUGAACCAGGAAAGAAAUGUCGCAUCCAGUUACGGUUUUCUCCCAUGCUGAAGGAGUGUGACAUACGGAAGGAGGCGGUGCGGAUGGCCACUCGGAUAAUGGAGGCCCAGGCAGACAGGGAGUACCGAGAGGCCUUGAAGAAGGAGAAGGAACAGCAGGAGCAGGCACAGAAGGCUGCUGCUGCUGCCAAGAAACCAGCCAAGGGGAAGGUCUCCCCUAAACCGGCGGGAAAGGGUAAAGGCCAGUCUCCGCAAACACCAGGAGGAGGGUCAUCUGUUGCCAAACCUGGAACUGUCACACCACCAGAGCCUGAUUCUAUCAGCAAAGACUCUGCAGCCUAUGCUGCUGCUAUAGGAUCUCUACUGAGGCAAUACAAGGGAGGCUUCAAGACUUGCACUGUGCCCUGCUAUGUGGCCUCGGGAACAUGCGGCAACCCAGGAGAGCUGCCCUACAGUAUCCACAACACUCUGUACCUGGAGGUGCACUGCCCAGUGGUCAAGCCACCCAUUGUGGUCAUCUCUGACAAUGGCAAGACCACGCUGGACUUCGGUGAAGUGUCGAUCGGUCAACAUACGACCAAGUCGGUCACAAUACAGAACAUUUCGGACAGAAAUCUUGAACUUCAAGCGUCACUACUGGACACAACAGGACCAUUCCAGAACCUGAACGCCCUCCGGAUGCUGAGUCCAGGGGCCACUCACACAGCCGUCAUAUCCUUCACGCCUACAGCAGGCAGAGUGUUCCAUGAAGUUCUGGAGAUACAUAGCCCUACGGCUACCUUGUACCUGACACUGACUGGGCGGGGUGUCAGCCCCAUCGUCAACCUGUCCAUAGACUCCGAGUUGUUUGACAUGGGCUCUGUGCUAUCUGGGGAGUAUGUGGAGAGGCCUUUCAAGAUCCACAACACAUCCUCCUUGUCCAUUGACUACGUGAUUAAGAUGGACAGUCUCUCCCUCCUCCGUCAUGCCAAGAGCCAGUUGGUACCCAGCUUUGUAGACAGGGACAAAUCUAGAAAAGUAUUUGUUGGAACUCAGAAUAAUAACGGCCAAAAUGUGUUUGACCUGGUUCCAUCAGAAGGCACAAUAGAAGCCGGUGCUUCCAAAGAAAUCCUUGUCACCUUUGCUCCUGACCAUGCCAGUGACCACUACUCCGAUGGAGUCCGAAUAGAACUCUUCAAUCAAGAAGAGAGUCACUUUUUCCAGUUAACCGGUAUAGCCAAAGAUCAUAUCAUGUACCUAGAAGGUGGAGAGGACCUCACUCCAGAUGUCGAGUCUCUGUCUUUUGUUCCAGUUCCCACAGAAGAGGAUGGAGAAGAACUGAAGCCAUCCAUCAAACCUCUGCUUAUCACAUUAUCCAGCGUUGCCAAGGACGACGAGUACAUGGCAGCCACCAGGGACAUCUAUGUUGGCUGUGUCAGGACCAUGGCAGUCAGUCAGAAAAAGGAAGGAAAGAAGAAUGGAGAGUUUCAGAUCGAGAACCUGCAGUUGUUACAGGCUAAAGGAUUCAACAUGGACCCUCAGAGGGGAAUGAUAGAAGCUGGCACCAGAAAGCCCAUCACUAUAACAUGGACACCACCAUCAGGAUAUGAUCCCACUGUCCCCACAGAAGGCUCAGUGAUCAUCACGUUGAAGGGGGACCUCACAGAACAGUACAAGGUCAUCGUCAGGGCCAUGGUCAUCACAGAGUGACCAGUUCCACAGAACUGACCUCAGUCCAGAGAAACUGCAUGAACAUACUGAGAUAUGUGAUGAUCAACAGAAGUGUCUUCAUUUGUACCUGGAAUACACUUGGAAGAUGUUGGAAAUGACGCACCAAUUAUGAUAUGAACCAGGGAUUGUUUUCUGAAACUUUGGUAAACGUCUGGAGACUGCAUUACGUGAUGAUCAAAAGAAGGGUCUUCAUUUGUACUCUACAUACCAGGGAAGACUUUGGAAGUGAUGGACUUUUUUCUGAUACACCCUAAUCUGAAUGCUCAUUUACUAAAACUGGCUUUCAUUUGCUCUGGUAGGCCAAAUUAUCUAUCACUACCCCAGUUUUGUCAAUAGUUAUGCCCAAACUGUGAUUUGGUUGUGCUUCUUCAAUAACCAAAUCAGGUCUUUCAAAGAUUAACUGUAACUUAAUAGCUGUUUUUAUUCUAGAAUUAAAAAAAUAACAGAAAACAAUAAAUCAACAAAAUAUCCUGUCCAACAAUUUUUGGGGGAUGGGCUGAAAAGUGAAACCUUGGGGUUUUGGGCCAUGAUACAAGACUAUCUGAACAUCAUUAUCCAAACAGAGACUUCAAAUGCAGGAUAAGAAACAUGUUGACAGAUUCACUGCUUGAUACUUUUAACUCUUGACAUCCAUCCGUCGUGAUUUGUGUUUAUCCGUCCACAAGUGACCUGAUAUUCAAAUACUGCAAAACUAUGAAAUCUUAACUGGACUUUUGACAAUGUCAUAUCUGUGAUAUUUUUUUCAGUUUGGUUUGUAUUUAUUGUUCAAGAGAAUCAACAUAUUGGACUAUAUUUCAUGUUAUUUUAUGGACAUUCCAUAGCAAUAAAUUAUUAUGAGACUU